AUGGCUUCUUUCCUACACAACUUCUCAUCUGUGUUGAUUUCCAUGGUUCUCAUUUUCUUGCUUGUGGUUCCAUCUUUAAUGUGCCACUCAAUGGAGGAAAAGGAUCUUCAGCACAUUUGCUCCAAAACCCAGAAUCGUACAGAGUGUUUGAAUCUGUUUAAAUCAGAUCCCAGAAGCUUGAACACAGAUAUAAAGGGCCUAACAGGAGUUGCAGUUGACCUGGCGUUGAACAAAUCCAAUGCAGUCCACACCCAGUACAAUCAACUCUACACAGACACCAAGAAUUCUGAAUUGCAGGAGAAGUAUGUUGCUUGCUCCAAGAAUUACAACGAUGCCAUUCGUGAUCUCCAAGUGGUGAAGAAUUAUUUAGAUAUUAAUCGUUACAGGUUCAUUACUGUCGAAAUAAAAGAUGCCCUGCAAGAAGUUAUGAGUUGCAGAAAUGUUUUAAAGAAGGAACCAAUCGACCCGGCCAAUAUGGACAACCAGAACGAGGAAUUCAAGCUUCUUUGCUACAUGGUUAAGGUCACUUCCCACUAUUUGAUCCAGAAGAUCAAGGAUACCCUCAUAAUCAGUUACAAACUUGUCAUUCAGCAGGACUAUCCAUGGGUCCAACUCCAACCCAAAGUUCUAAUUUUAUGUGUUGAGACUCCAUAUUCAAAUUCACCUGAACAAUUCAAUGAAAACGGAAUCUUGGUUAUUCCAGUUGUGUAUCAGUGCCACCUUUAA